CCUCUAGUUGACCAGCACUGCAUUUUCAAGCGCUAUAAAAGCUCACCGCGACAUUCGAUUUUCAUUAACAAUUUUGUUAGCAAAGUAAACCAUUCAAAAUGAAAUUAGCUGUCUUCGCUCUGGUACUUGGACUCUGCCUCGCAGUUAACGCGGCCAGUGUGGAUUACUCUAUCGAAGAUGAGGAGGUUAUCGAGUUGUCUCCCUCGGAGUUAGCCGAUCAAAUUAGCAAUGCAUUCUUUUACGGUGUUUUUGGACGCUUGAAGCCGACUAUCAAAGCCGGUCUUCGCACCCUGAAAGGAGUACAUUGUACUAUCGAAAGGGUCAUAAGCAUACGUGCGGCUGGCAUUAAUUUCUUGAACGCAUUUAAGGAUUGCAAUAGCGCCGCCUUUAAGGACUUGAAUGCACUUCUCAAUCAAGUGCAAACUGUGGUCUACACCUGCAAUGAUAUUGUUAACUUGAAUGAGAAUGUCUGCAAUAACAGUGACUACAAUGAUGAGGCCGAUGGUCAGAAGAAGACUUCGAAGACUUGCUUUGGCAAGUUGGUGAGCAAGAUGGUAACCCUGAAGAAGCAGAUCGGCAAAACCGUUACUUUAUCCAAGAAGUUGUCCUCCACCCCUGGUGCUUAUGGCGCAUGCAAUAUGGAAGCUGUCGAUGAUUUGCUAUCCGUUUUUACUGAAUUCCCCACCUUCGUCAAGGAGUGCUCGAAAUUGACCAGUUAAAUAUGUAAUACAUUAUAAUUUCACGAAAUAAAACUUUAAAUAUCGAUAGCAUGCAAA